UGGUUGAGCAUCAGCAACUUGUUCUUUCAGUCUAGAAAGCAACUAUCUGAACGUCAACAUGAGUCUCUCAGCUAAGCAAAAGGCCACAGUCAAGGAUUUCUUCAGCAAGAUGUCCACCCGGUCCGAUGAUAUCGGAGCUGAGGCUCUGUCCAGGUUGGUGGCUGUGUACCCCCAGACCAAGUCCUAUUUCGCUCACUGGAAGGAAGCGACCCCCGGCUCUGCCCCCGUCAGGAAGCAUGGCAUCACCAUCAUGGGUGGAGUGUACGAUGCCGUCGGCAAGAUCGACGACCUGAAGGGAGGACUCCUCAGCCUUAGCGAGCUGCACGCGUUCAUGCUGAGAGUGGACCCCGUCAACUUCAAGGUAGGCAACCAUCUACGCUAUUUAUCAGUGUGUGGUAAACCAUUUGUGUUCCACAUUGUUCUUAUGGUUCCUCUUGUUCUCCGUCCACCCCAGCUCCUGGCUCACUGCAUGCUGGUGUGCAUGUCCAUGAUCUUCCCCGAGGAGUUCACCCCUCAGGUCCAUGUCGCCGUCGACAAAUUCCUGGCCCAGCUGGCCCUGGCUCUUUGCGAGAAGUACCGUUAAGGAGCUGUCAGUGACUCGCAUCAAUCAUGAAGACUCCCGCUGUCAUUGAUGCAUGUGGUCCGUUUCAAUGGUCAAUAAAAACAAACGAACAAAAAAA